AUGGGUGCUCAAUAAUCAGUAGCAGAGGGAAUAAUUAAAUCAAAGAACUUCACCAUAUUAGGGUAUAAGGAGAAUGAUAUUUAUGGAUCAUUCAAAAUAGUAGAAUCACAAGGAAAUUUAUACGCCAUGGUUUCUAAGACAUGUCAAAAUCAAGAGGACUAUGCAAAUUUGUGCAAGAUUUUAAAAGAGACUCAACAAUACAACAGCAUAAAUCAACUUGUGAAGUUGGUAGAAGUUGAUACUCAAGAAGAGUCCAAUCUAUGUAGUACUUUUUAUAAGGUUUCGGCCUUAUAUGAAUAUUAUGACAUUACACUCAGGGAGAUUACUAAAUAGGCAUCAGUAAAUUGCUUAUUUGUUCUGAAAUCAUUGUCUGAAGGAUUGAGAGAACUCUACACACAGAACUAAGUUCAUGGAAAUCUCACACCUGAUUUUGUAUUAAUUGAUAAAUCAAAAGGAGAAGUCAAGUUUAAUAAUUGCACUUAACUGACUGGAUAUAAUCAUUAUAAACGUAUAUUAGCUAGUGAUGGAUUGUGGUAUUUAUCACCAGAAUUAGUAACAGCAUUAGGAAAAAAGGAUCUACGACCUCAAUAUAAUCAUGAGAAGAGUGAAGUCUAUCAGUUAGGUUUGAUUGCUUUGGAACUUUGGGGAAAUGGUAAUGUUUAAUCAUUCUACGAUAAAUAAACCUACUCUUUGAACUAAAGUGUCAUUAAUGAAGCCAUCGAUGAAUUUGGUGUAAGAAAUGGUUAUGUUCUCAAAAAUGUUAUCAAAUAAAUGUUGUAAUUAGAUCCAAAUGCAAGACCAAAUAUGACAGAAUUAAGUACUUCUUUUGCCCAAUUAUAUGAUAUUUAAUUACAAAUCACAGAAGAUGAACCGAAAACACCAUUAAAUGUUUAAUCAGUAACUUAAUAAUAAGUUGUGACUUUAUGUGAAUUAAAUUAAGAAGAAUAACACUAAGACUUUGUUCAAAUCCAUAAAGAAUCAUUCCAAUUUUAAGAGUUAAGUAAUUCAAAUGAAGUGGGUAAAUAAAAUUUUGAGGAAUCACCAAAAAAGGUAGAAAAAUAACAUGUGGAGGUUAAUCCAUAAUCUGUAAAAUCUUCAGUUUCUUAAUCCAUAAAGGAGUAUUAUGUUACUGGAUCGAUUGCUGCUUAAUUUGGAUAGCUGGCUCUUCUUGAAAGCAAUCCCGAAUAUUAGUCCAAUGGCACUGCUCAAUUUGAGAAUCAUCAUGAUUAUGAUCAAGAUGUCUUACAAGAGAAACCUUAAAAUAUCUAACCUAAUUCAACUAAAAGCCACGAAUCUACUGUCAUAAAAAAGAGUGUUAAAGUGAACAGCAAUCCUCCUCCAAAUAAAAAACCAAUCUCAAUCAAGAGACCGAAACAUGAAUCAAUUGAAACCAAGCUUCCCAAAUAGGCAGUUGUUGUCAACAAAAGAAGAUGAAACAAAAAUAAUAUUUUUUAGUAUAUACUACCCAUUA